GAAAAAGGCUGCUGAUUUAAAUAGAGGCAGCAGAAGAUCUAGGUUGCGAAGCAGUUGCUCCAAAGUCCGAUUGCAAAUCCCGAAGAGAGUUUUGCAUUGAAGAAAGAUAUCUAAAUCCAGUUUCAGAAAGGUGUGAGCAUACAAAAGUCCUUCAAAAACAAUGGCAUCUUCCUUUCUAAAAAUCACUGGUGGGUAGUACGUACACACUCAAAAGUUCUGGCAUGGGUGGAUAUACUGGCCGUGUAUUCGAUAUCUACUUUGAUAACAUACUUAACAGAUGUUUGGAAGCUCACUUACACACAUGCUGCUGCAAUUGUCAAUGUGUUUUGGGGCUUGACGGCAAUAAUGCCAUUCACUAUGCAAUAUAUUGUGGAUACUUUCAUGGGUAACUAUUGGAUGGUCUUACUCUCUAACUUUGCCUGCAGUAUUGGGUUAGGAUUUUUGUCAAUGUCGACUCCGCCAGUCCUUUCAAAGGUAGCAGGCACUUGCAGUGAAUAUAAGCCCGAGUGUGUUGGCAUUGGGCAGAAGACACUCUUUUAUACAGCACUAGCUCUUAUAGCUGUGGGAUUAUCUGGUCAUGUGACAUCUUUGUCAAUACUCACGGAGGAGCAUAAAAAGUCGUCAGGCAAUCAAGAUAAGCUGCAUCUUUAUUUAGGCGUCUUUGCAGUGAUCCUCGUCCCUUUAAUUGGAGCUGUAGCAAUUCCUUACAUAAAGCCAUGGUCAAUUAGAUUUGGUGUCACAGCCAUAUGUUCGGUGAUGGCAACACUUAUUUUUUUGACUGGCUCAUAUGAUUAUGACACAGCUCAAGGAAGCCCUUUAACUGCUGUGUUUAGGGUCAUUGUUGCCUCUGCAUCAAAAGUAUUCCACAAAUGCCCAAAAGAUGCCUCUGAGUUGUAUGAGGGGAAUGACAACAAUGUUCACAAAAUGCGUCAUACUCGUCACCUCAGGUGCCUAGACAAGGCUGCAAUUCUACUAACAGACCAACAACAAAAUAGGUGGAAACUCUGUACUGUCACAGAAGUAGAAGAAACCAAGAGCAUUCUAUGCAUGAUUCCUAUGUGCACGACCUUCUUCAUAUUAGGAGUUGUAUAUUCCAUUGGAAACACUUACUUCCUUGAACAAGCAAACCACAUGAACCGCAAGCUUGGUCGCUUAAGCGUACCUCUUACGAUCCUUGUAUUCUUUCGAGAUCAAGCCGAGUCUCAAUUCUCCAAUUGCUAUUCCAGAUUGGCUUCAAAUGGAUCGUCACCAAGCCGGUACGCAAUCCGAGUUGGAAUUGCAGUGUCAAUGAUAUUUGCAGUACACUGUUGCAUUACUGCUGCCAAAGUAGAGAAGCGAAGGCUAGAUGUGGUCAAAAGCCAUGGCUUGCUUGACAAACCUAAAGAGAGAAUUCCCAUGAGUAUGUUUUGGUUGGUCCCACAGUUUCUUCUUCUCGGCGGCCUAGAUGGGAUUUCACAUGAAAGUAUUGAACUUUUCUUUAGUGAUCGUGGCCCUGCGUCUAUGGAUAGGUAUAUGACUCACUUUGCUAUGGCUGUUUUUGGAGUUGGAAACAUGGGAAGUGUCUUGUCGGUUUUUCUUGUUGAUAAGAUUAGUUCUAGCGGAGGAAAUCCUAGUUGGGUCCAAGAUACACUGAAUAUGAGUCGCUUGGAUAAGUAUUACUGGGUUUUGGCUGCAUUAACUGCGGCCAAUCUGGUUUUGUAUAUUUUGGUGGCUGUUUGGUAUGACAGAAAAGUUUUAAGAUCAGAAGAGAGGGAGGCACCAAAGCAUAAUCAGAGUAUGAAUCAGUCUUUUGAUGAUUGAUACUUACUAAUGUUUCUAUUUCACUAUGUGAUGGAUUAGAGAUUCCGAUUUGGUAAUUCAAUUUCAGAUUUCUAAUUUAGUUCGGUUUUUGUUGCCACAAGAGUGAAUUCAA